UGCACGAGGGCGAGAUGAUGAAGGCAAGCUAUCCCAGCAUCGCUUCCAGAUUGUCGUACUCGGAGCAUUACAUUUACCAGCUUCUCCCGCAUAAAUAUCACCAGGAAACAUGAAUAAUAAACCAUUUCAACAAUAACUACAAAUAAAUAUCGUUAUUGUGACCCAGGAAACAGUUUUGGGGAUGGAAAUUGGGAAACAUGAGAAACUGAGUACGACAAUCUGGCAACGUUGUACAAUAAUCCCAGCCAUCAGCUGUUCAGUGUUUGUUUACCUCGCGCGGGGAGAGAGAUCCUCGUGCUCCCGGCCUUGUAGCGGUGCCGUGGCGGGGCGUGUAGGCGUUGACAUCACUCACGGUCAACGGCACUGCCCAUACACUCAGUCCACCCUGGCGGGGACCUCACCAAUGACCUCCAUGAAAACAGGGUCCCAGACAAGCCAGUUGGUCUGAAGGCCAUGGCACUGAAUGACCACAUCAGGGUGUGCUGGCAGCCCCCCGCACAGCACAAUGUGAUGCUGUGUGGCUACACCAUUGCCUGGGACCAAGGCGUGGCGGACAUCUACUCCAAGAUCGUGGACAGCAAGCAGCACGGUUACAUCAUUGAUAAGCUGGAACCCAACAUGGAGUUUGUGAUAAGCCUGCGAGCCUUCAACAACGUGGGUGACGGGCAACCAGUGUACCAGCAAGUCCACACCCAGCCAGAGGAGGAGGAGGUGGUGGCACCCACGCUGGACCCGGCGGUGUGGGUGAAGGCCGUGGUGCUGACGCCCUUCACCGUGGUGCUGCAGUGGGCGGACACCAUGCUGAGCCAGAGCCAGCUGCACCACCUUCUCGUCCUCAUCCUCCAGCCGCUACGUCAACGCCACGGAUGUGACCUGCCUCAUUGACAGCCUCAAGCCAUCAACAGUGUGUGAGUUUGCUGUGAAGACCAUCAGGGUGAGACCACAGUGCUGGAAGCCUUCGUUCUUCUUUCAGUAAAUAUUCACUCAGUCCUGCAACACUUCUCAAGGAAAUCCUGCACAGCUGAAUCCUUGCUGUGAUGAGGCACAGAGAAAUUAUGACUCAUAGGGUGAGCUAUUAUUAGUGUUUGAGAUAUUGAUUUUUUCAUUGACCUUUUGCAAAUACUUAAAAAUGAACCUUACAUAAUGGUAUUAGAAACAGCACAGCAGGGUUGGCAAUGAUUUAAUCAAAUUGAUUUAAUCAAAUGAUUAAAUCAUUGAUUUUAUUUGUAUUUUUUCUGAGUAAAAGUAUUCCAUGGAUUAAAUGAUGUGC